GUUCCCAUAUGACAUUUGUGAUUGACAUUAGGCAAGAAGAAGAACCUUUUUCUUCAAAAGUAUGUCUUUGAAACAGAUUUCUUGAACGCAGCAAAAUUCAACAUUUGAAAUUGUAAAUAUAGUUGCAAACGCUCAAGGCCAUACCCAAAUCAUCUGCAAAUCAUGAACGUGAGAAGCUUCACUAUGCUGCAAACUCUAAGAAACUCUUGGCGCACAUUUCCUCGCCGCUUCGCCACAAAAGUAACGGUAGUUAGUGGUGAUGAAAUUGGCAGUGGCACCGGCAUUGGCCAAAUCACUGGACGUGUACGCAGCAAAGAGGGCGGUCCACACAAAAUAAACACGCCGUCCAAAGAUAUUGUUACGUACCUGCCGCCCCUAACCGAACCGCUGCCCAACUUGCCUGAGGCUGUCUAUGCCAAACCGUUAAAUGAAAGCGCCACCACGAAGGUGACAACACUAGUGAAUGGCUUGCGCAUUGCCUCGGAGCCACGCUACGGACAGUUCUGCACAGUUGGUCUUGUGCUGGACUCUGGACCACGUUAUGAAGUAGCCUAUCCCAGUGGCGUUUCUCAUUUCCUUGAAAAGCUUGCGUUUAAUUCAACAGUUAACUUUCCUAAUAAGGAUGCAAUUCUUAAGGAAUUGGAGAAAAAUGGUGGCAUCUGUGAUUGCCAAAGUUCAAGGGACACGCUUAUAUAUGCAGCAAGUAUUGAUAGUCGUGCUCUUGAAUCCGUCACCCGAUUGCUAGCUGACGUAACCUUGAGGCCAACACUAAGCGAACAGGAAGUGAGUUUGGCACGACGUGCUGUCAGUUUUGAAUUGGAAACGCUUGGCAUGCGACCCGAACAGGAGCCAAUACUUAUGGACAUGAUACACGCUGCCGCCUACAAAGACAACACUCUCGGUUUGCCAAAAUUAUGCCCGCCAUCUAAUUUGGAAAAAAUUGAUCGCAACAUUUUAAUGAACUAUCUAAAGUAUCAUCAUGCACCGGAUCGUAUGGUCAUCGCCGGCGUUGGUGUAGAUCACGAUGAACUAGUUGAGCAUGUUACAAAAUAUUUUGUCGAACGCGAGGCCAUUUGGAUGAAAGAAAAUUUAACAAAUACAGCACCCGAUCAAGUGGAUACCUCUCAAGCUCAGUAUACCGGCGGCCUAAUUAAAGAACACUGUGAAAUACCGAUUUAUGCGGCAGCUGGGCUGCCAGAGCUGGCACAUGUUGUGCUAGGCUUUGAGGGUUGUUCCCAUCAAGACUCAGACUUUGUGGCACUAUGUGUGCUUAACAUAAUGAUGGGGGGCGGCGGCUCGUUCUCAGCUGGUGGUCCUGGAAAGGGCAUGUAUUCUCGCCUCUAUACCAAAGUCUUGAAUCGCUACCAUUGGAUGUAUAGCGCAACUGCUUACAAUCAUGCUUAUGUAGAUACGGGUCUGUUCUGUAUACACGGCAGUGCACCGCCACAGCAUAUGCGAGAUAUGGUAGAGGUUAUCACACGGGAAUUGAUGAACAUGACCACCGAGCCAACCAACGAAGAAUUGAUGCGUUCCAAAAUACAAUUGCAAUCGAUGCUGCUAAUGAACCUCGAGUCCCGACCAGUCGUGUUCGAAGAUGUUGGACGGCAAGUUCUGGUUACGGGGUAUCGCAAGCGACCCGAGCAUUUCAUCAAAGAAAUUGAAAAAGUAACAUCUGCUGACAUACAACGCGUUGCUCAAAGACUUCUUAACUCUGUCCCUUCAGUGGCAGCUCGCGGUGAUAUUCAAAACUUGCCAGAGUUAAAGGAUAUUACGAACGCCCUGAAUAACAACGGACGAUCGCUUGGACGCCGUCUCUCGCUCUUUAAGUAAAUUGGUUAAGCUCCCCUGACUAAAUACGUUGUUGAAUUUGCACUGCAUUUUGUACCGAUAGGCAAUCUUGAAACCAAUUUGAUCGUUUAAAUUUACUAUUCUUGCUAUACGACAAAUUAACCUUCUUGAUAUUUUUAUUCUGUUAUUGUUAUGUGAUGCGCUCGACUUUAGU